AUGAGCUGCCCUCCCUUCACGCGCCCUUUAGACGCUGUCCUCCCUCCCCGUGCGCCCCCUAAGGCGCUGCCCUCCAAGGCACGUCCAGAUCUGCAACUCCAGCACCCAGAUCUGCACUCCCCGCGCUCAGAUCUGCAACUCGAGCGCCCAGAUCUGCACUCCCCGCGCUCAGAUCUGCAACUCCAGCGCCCAGAUCUGCACUCCCUGCGACCAGAUCUACUCCUCCCGCGCCUAGAUCUGAUCAUUCCGUGCCCAGAUCUGUAUUCCGCGCCACCAGAUCUCCUCCUCCCGCGCCCAGAUCUGAACAUUUCGCACCCAGAUCUGCACUCCGCGCGCCCAGAUCUGCACUCCGCGCGCCCAGAUCCGCCCUCCGCGCGCUCAGAUCUGCCCUCCGCGCGACCAGAUCUGCACUCCGCGCGACCAGAUCUGCACUCCGCGCGACCAGAUCUGCACUCCGCGCGACCAGAUCUGCACUCCGCGCGACCAGAUCUGCACUCCGCGCGACCAGAUCUGCACUCCGCGCGACCAGAUCUGCACUCCGCGCGACCAGAUCUGCACUCCGCGCGACCACAUCUGCACUUCGCGCGCCCAGAUCUGCCCUCCGUCCGCCCAGAUCUGCACUCCGCGCGACCAGAUCUGCACUCCGCGCGACCAGAUCUGCACUCCGCGCGACCAGAUCUGCACUCCGCGCGACCAGAUCUGCACUCCGCGCGACCAGAUCUGCACUCCGCGCGACCAGAUCUGCACUCCGCGCGACCAGAUCUGCACUCCGCGCGACCAGAUCUGCACUCCGCGCGACCAGAUCUGCACCCCGCGCGACCAGAUCUGCACCCCGCGCGACCAGAUCUGCACUCCGCGCGACCAGAUCUGCACUCCGCGCAACCAGAUCUGCACUCCGCGCGACCAGAUCUGCAUCUCCCGCGCUGA